AUGGCGGAACCUGAUGAAGUCGAAGAAGAUCUCUUCGCUGAUCUUUAUGACGGCGAUGAAAACGCUGGUUCCAGUAAUGCCGCAGCCCCUGUCACAACGCAGCCUGCCCCGAGUGCCCCGAGUGACACAGGCGUGAAAUCGAAUGAUACUCCGGGCUACGGUGAAGAGCCGGAGGUUGCAUAUGAUCCUACAUCGUUUGAGACCGAACCCUCUGGUCAAGAUCAAGCCAUGGGCGGCUACGACGGUAGCCAAAACGAGGUUAGAGAACAAGAGAAGCCCGAACCUCAACAACAUAGUGGCAUCAACAUGAAAGAAGAUGGGUAA